AUCCGAGUCCGACUCUCAUAUGUUAUAUCCGAAUCCGACCCACACCCGAACCUAAAUUAACCGUUGCAGUUCAAAUUUUGAUUAAAAAGUGAGAAUUACAAAUUUGAUACCGUCUCAGAACUUAUCUGUAUUUAGGUAUUAGUCCUAAACCUAUAUAUUUAUCUUAAUUGUUUACCAUUUUAUAUUGAUUGGUAACGUAAAGUCCAACGCUUUAUAUACUCUCUUCUCUUGUUCGGAAUAAAUUCAAAAGGUUCCGCAAAGAUUCUUGAUUUUCUCGAGAAAUUUAAAGAGGAAUAUCUCUCCAUGUGGCGUCGCGAGGAUCGUCGUGCUCCAGGUGGAGGUUACUGGACACCACCAGCGACGUGGAACAUGAAGAAAAGAGUUUACACGGAGAUGCCGAUGUCGGAGAGGAAAAGAACAUGUUCGAACGAGAAGCAAGAGCCGUUUCAUAUGGUCCACAAAGUUCCUUCUGGUGAUUCCCCUUAUGGUAGAGCCAAACAUGCCCAGUUGAUUAGUAAAGACCCGGAACGAGCUAUCUCCUUGUUUUGGGCUGCGAUAAACGCUGGUGAUCGAGUUGAUAGCGCAUUGAAGGACAUGGCUGUUGUUAUGAAACAGCUAGAUCGGUCUGAUGAAGGAAUCGAAGCUAUAAGAUCUUUUCGUUAUCUCUGCCCUUUUGAAUCCCAAGGUUCCAUUGAUAACUUGCUACUUGAACUCUACAAGAAGUCAGGGAGGAUCCAAGAGGAAGCUGAGCUGCUCGAACACAAACUCAAAACACUUGAACACGACACGCGUCACCGUGGUAUACUCACAAUCGCGAAAAGAAGCCAUGGGAAACAGAUCAGCUUGACCAUCGAGCAAGAGAAAGCACGGAUUCUAGGGAACUUAGCUUGGGUUCACUUACAGCUUCAUAACUAUGGAACCGCAGAGCAACAUUACAGGAAUGCUCUGACGUUGGAGCCUGAUAAUAACAAGCUGUGUAACCUUGCGAUCUGCUUGAUGCGUAUGGAUAGAAUCCAGGAAGCUAAAUCUCUACUUGAGGAUGUAAGGCUGACUCUAGGGAACACUCAAUGGACCGAUGAACCGUUUUACAAGUCCUUUGAACGGGCUACAGAGAUGUUAGCAGAAAGAGAACGGGUCAGUGUAGCGGUAGCGGAUCAUCCAGGAGAGAUUAUGAUAAGUAGCUCUUCAGAUAACUUCUCUUCCAACUGUUCUUUUGGGAGUUCGGUAAAGGAAACGGAAGCUCUAGCUGAACAAGGGAUCAUGUACUCCUUUGAUUCGGUUGAGUCGCCAGUUCUGAUUACACAACCUCGUGAGUGUAACUGGGUGGAUGAGGAAGUAGAUCAUCGAGUAGGGCAAGUGACGAUUGGUGCUGCUAGAAGGCUAAGGUUUGGGAACACUUACGAGAAGAAGAAGAACUCGAAGAGUGUGGAAUCAGCAGAGUCAAAUACUUGGACAAGCAAAGUAAGAAAGAUGUGUGCAGAUUCAGAGAAAGGAUAUCAAAGGAACGCUUCAGAAUCAUCUCAUUAGUCAAAGAACUGUUUAGGCUUUAACAAUAGAGUACUACUAAAGGAUUGUUUAGUUUUGGAAAAGUGUAGAGAUGUAUAUGAAAUUAUAAAGCGAAGAUAUGACACAAAAGCUUGAAAGAA